AUGGGGGCGAAUGGUGACACCGCUGCCGGGCGCAAUAGUAGUAGUAGCUCUCAUGCGACGACGACGACAACGCUGACGAACAUCGGGCGUGGCGACGACCCUAACAAUGCUGCAGAAGGCAACAGCACCAACAUUGCCAAGGACGAUAGAGAAUUGGAAUGCUGUCCACGGUCUGACGACGACCAGUAUCUAGGAGAUGCUGAGCACAGAAAAAGGGUCGCGGCCGAUGCGAAAAACUCAGAUCCCGUCGUCGAGACAGAGGCCGAGGAACAAGACGACUCCAAGGCCGGCGAUACACCUGGUGAUAUCGUAGUGGUUGAAGCAACUGGGGGUACCGUUGUAGAUCCAGAAGUCGGCGAAAGGGCAGGGACGCCCAGCCGUGGGCGGACGGGGCGUGGCCGAGAUCCGGUUUCUCCUGUUGCAGCUAUAAGGGCAAGAGUUGGCCUUGGACUCCGCAACGUGUUGGCUUUUGGGUCUGAAGCCCAAGUCUCGCCGGCGUCAGCUUCUCCACAACGAGUUUCAACGGGCUGGAAGAGGUCACCCGAUCGACUGAAGCAAGCUGGGGCCAAGCGCCUUUCACCCCUCUCUUGGAGCCGUCUGAAACCUGGGCGUAACAAACAAGACUCGCCCGGAAAGGUCGCGCCGGCAGCCUUUUUCGGCGACACCCCUGGCGGCGACCUCGGUGAGAGCGACGGCUGCAACAAGGAAGAAAACCUCUGCCAUAACGACAACAGAAGACCGAUGUCAAGCGACGACCUACCUAACGCCUAUGUCGACGGCCCCGCCAUCGAUGACGAAACGAAUAGCAAAGAUAUACAGGCCGGAUGCACGGAGGCGACAACACUUACCGACGGAGGCGUGGCAAGCGGUGGACGAAACAAACAGGGACCGGUUCCGGAACCAGACGAGAGCCGUCACGACGAUGCUGGCGGCGAUCGUAAGGGUGAACGAGGCUUGACGACAGAAGAGAAGGCGAGCGGCGAUCUACACCAAGAGGAUACUGCCGUGUCCUCCAAAAGGUUAGAAACCGGGGUCCGACAACCACCAGCAACGGCAGCAGCGGGACCACCGGAUGUAGCGAAACAUGCCCGCAGGGUACUGGCUAGGGACAACACGCUGACCUCUCGUGACGAUUGGCCCGAGUUGCUGGACAGCGAGCCAGAUCCAGACCUCUGGGCGCUCGACAAGGGCGAAGACGACGUCCUGGCGGCCGCCAACAGCAUGGGCAGUGUUCUCGUGAGAGUGGUUACUUGGAACCUGCACGCCAAGCCGACCCCGGCGGCGGACAAGCUACGGGAAACUAUUUUGCCCCCUGGCAAGUUCCACAUCUACGCUAUCGGGACGGAAGAAUGCCUCCACAGCAUUGCAAAGUCUGUAAUAGUGCAUUCUAAGAAGGAAUGGGAGAGCUUGUUGAAGGAAACUCUGGGCGAUUCGUACGAAAUGCUUUGUGCUCACGGCCUUCAGGUGGGCGCAGCGUGCUGGUUCUCACCGAAGUUUUCGACUCCGAUACAAAGAGCCACCCACAACGCCGUCUUCGCGCACCGGGGGAUAAUUCCCCUGCUGCGCAACGUACGCUCCUCCGCCGUCGCGACGGGCCUCAGUCUCGGCGCCCCGAGCACGACUCUGGGGAACAAGGGCGGCGUCGGGAUAUCGUUCAGCAUCGGGGCCACCUCCUGCGUGUUCGUCAACUCGCACCUGGCGGCCCACCAGAACAAUGUGCGAGAGAGAAACGACCACUUCUUCCAGAUCUCCGACGGCCUCGUACGGGACCUCGGUCCCCCCGGACCAAGCUUCGUCAACGCCGGCGCGGCCCACGACGGCGAGGACCCGAGACGCGAAGAGGAACCUCCGCAAGCUGCUGCGCCGGCCCCGCUGUCUGUCUCUGGACAAUCGCCGCCUGGUGAAGUAGGGUGCGACCAGCGUGCUGAAAAAAAGGACGACGACGGCGGGGGUGGUGUUGGUGGUGGUGCCAAUGCUGAAGACCAGCCUCCCCCUGUUUCUGUAUCAGACGCCGCCGACGGGGUAAGGUGGCAAGGUCCCGGGGAGGAGAGCACAGCGACACGGCCAUCCAUGGUCGGCGUGAGGAGUUUGGAUGGAGAUGGAGAUCCAGACCACUCGAAUCUAAAUAGUGCAGCGACGCCGGCAGAGUGUUCAAAGGUGGCAGCGUCGACGUUGUCGCCGACAGGGAAGGAGGGAACCCGAUCGAAGGAAUCGAAAACGGACGUAGCGACGGUGGCGGCGGCGGUUUCAAAGACUGCCCUGGAGGAGGUUGAUGACGCCGUAGAUAAAUGUACUACACCACCCCUUACGCCGGACCCUAGCGAUGCACGCCCUUCUCGCCGAAGCACCGGUCAGCAGGAUGAAAGCGAAAGGAAUCACGGGGGAAGACAAUGGGGGGGACGAGAAGAAGCGCAACCAGGGGUGGGACUAGGGGGAAGAGAUAAGUUGCCCAAGCACAGCAGUGACGCCAGGAGUAGUUGGACAACGCUCCCGCAGGCGUUCGACCGCGUGUUCUGGGCGGGGGAUCUCAACUACCGGAUCAACGCCCCUCGCGCGGUGGCCGACUUGCUCCUGUCGAAAGACAUGCACGGGGUCCUUCUCAACAACGAGCAGCUGUCUCUCGAGAGGAGCCGAGACCGAGGGGGCGAGGGCGGGGGCGAGGGGGGGCGGCAGCCGCCGCCGUUCUUGGGCUACUCGGAGGGACCCCUCAACUUUCGGCCGACGUACAAGUUCGACAGCGGGACCGACACGUACGACACGUCCUCCAAGCAACGCGUGCCGGCCUGGACGGAUCGAAUCCUGUAUUCGAGCAGGGUUGCGUCUGCUCCUCCUGCGGAGGGUGCCGCCGCUACUACCGUCAAGAACAACGAGCACCGGGAGAAGAAGUGUAACGAGGGGAAGAGUGGAGAGGAAAUAGGGGGGGGAGGGGGGGGGGUGACGGGCGGGAUCCAGCUCACAGCUUACCGCAGCGUCGGAGAGCUCAAGACUUCCGAUCAUCGGCCAGUGUUGGCAAGUUUUGUGAUGCAGUUCGAUCAGCAAGAGGGCGGACAUUAUGGGAACGGUGGUGCCGAGGAGGCGGCCGUGACCAACCAGACGUCUAGUGAAGUCUGCGCCGUCAUGUGA